CCCUCCUCUUUCUCUCUUCUGGGUCACUGGCUUUCGGCACAAAACAAAGUGUUAACUUUCGUAAAGAAAGCAUUUUUAUCAAUGGGUGAUUACUGGCCUCGUGCUAAAAACAAACAGAGAGCCAGCAAUGGAGAUUUUGAAGAGGAAGAUGUGUGGUCGGUCGUGACCAAGGGAAGGGAAGACUCGAGCCCCACCAUGGGAAGCUCCAUUCACAAGAGCCUCACUGCUUCCUCAUCCGCAUGGCAGUACUCAAGUGCGCCGAAAACGAUCCCAAGAAGACCCGCCAACCAAGAAGCUGUGACUCUGGGCCAGCGGUCGUCGGCCCCGGUCAACAUCCCCGACUGGUCGAAGAUUUAUGGGAGCAAGAGGGGGGAUGGCCUUGACGGCGAGCGUGAGCAUGGUCAUGGCGUCUAUGGUGAUGAUGGCGAUGAUGGGGCUGGUCAUCAUGGUGAUGAUGGGGAUGAUGAUGAUGAUGGUGAUGUUGAUGGCGAAAUGGUUCCUCCACACGAAUGGGUGGCUAAGAGGCUGGCGAGGACUCGGAUUUCUCCGUUCUCCGUGUGUGAAGGGGUUGGGAGGACUUUGAAAGGGAGGGAACUCAGCAGAGUGAGGAAUGCAAUCCUGACGAAAACUGGCUUCCUGGAGUGAAUUUUCUCUUUCCUUGUUCGCCCUCUCCUCGGACUUCUUUUUUUUCAGUGCUCAUGUCUACGA